UGAACAGAGAAAGUGGGAUAAAAAAAAAUGUUUAAACCGUGAGUGAAAACGGUUAAUAGUUAAUAAACCUCAACUCUCAAAUCAUUUUCUCACCUGUUUGCAAUAUAAUUCUGGUACGUGAACUAUGAGUGUAGUUCUCUGCAAAGGAAGCCUUCUGAUAGUUUGAACUAUUAUCUGACUGUCUGGGAAAUGGAGUGAUUUGUUACAUGUGAAAAAUAUGUUUCAACUGGAUUUUAAUUACUAUGUUUCAACCAGAAGUAAGCCAAAUAUAAACUAAAAAGUAAAUCAAUAGUAUACUUGUAAGUUUAGUAUUGUGUUAGAGUAGAGUAUAUUUUAAGUAUACUCUUAUAGACUGGAAAGGACAUUAUGCUAGUACAGUUAUAGUGAACAAAAAGUACAUCCAAAAGUUCAUUUCAAGUAUACUUAUAUACUAUAUACUAAAACGGGGGCCAAUGUAGUCCCCAAAAAGCAUUAGUAGUAUACUUACUAGGUAACGUAUACUUAGACUGAUUUCCUAACUACAGUGAACUAACCAGAAGUCUCGGAAUAUACUCUGGUGGUCAUUUUACACAAGUUCAGGUGUCACAUCCAUGAAACCUACACCACUAACCAGCAUCAGUCCUACAACUUCACUCUCAAAUUUAAUAAAUUCUGGGACAAGCAGAAACUGUAUUUUUAGCGGUGCAUUUUGUGGCAGGCCAGACUGCUAUAAAAUGCACUCUCCUUGUAGCACCACUUCGUCUUGGUUCAGAAGAGAUGUCCUGGAUAUACAUGAUAAUGUAACACGGGUGUUUUUGUUUGUUCAUGUUUAGCACGUUGGGUUGUGUUUUUAAAGCAAAUGUUACGUUUUUAAAGCGUGUUAUGCGACAGGUGUGUGUAGCACUGGUUACACAUCUCAAUGGGAGAGCAAUAGUCGAGACCACACCUUUACCUGACGUACAACGUGACGUAUGGCGCACACUUUCAAAACAACAAUGGCGGAUAGAAGAUAUUGAUCGAGGCGGCUAAUGCUCCUUUCGCUGGUUGCCAACCACCAUUAAAUAACAAGAAGAAGAAAAUAUUGAUCUGCUUUUCUUAGUUUUGCACGUUUAAGACGCAGUUCAAACUCAAACAAAGCUGCAAAGCAGGAGAACAACAUGGCCAUCAACUAUUCUGUGCCACAGAUCCAGUUCGCUGCAGCACAGAGUGAUGAUGAGAUGGUGGAAGAACAACAGAGACAAUUUACGGACCGUUAACAUGUGCAACUUAGAAGUAGUCAGAGGUAACUGGAUGGAGUUCAGUCAGGUUAAAUGCACGGUUGAUUGGAUUAUGUCUGAAGAUCGUAUGCUAUUCAUGACAACUCUACUAGACUCCAAAUUUCUCGUCCAUGAGGGAGUAUCUCAAAAGUAAAUGAAACAACUAAACUUAACACUUUUCCCUAAAACGGACUGACAUGGGAAACAUUAAAGUUGGACUGACACCAGCUAAUCAGUCUGAAGGAAUCACAGAACAAGAAGGGAGACCACUGAGGAGAAGUUCUAUGAGUUCACGGGUGACCUCAGCUGUCAAGUUCCUGGAUGUGGGGAUGGAAAUUGAAGAGGAACUCACAAGCCUCCUGCCGACACUAGACAGAGAGAAAAUAAUCUGCAUUGUAGAACAUCUUAUUGGUGUACAACAAAAAAAUGGCAACAGACCAGAGAACCUGAAUGACACCAUUACUCUGGAGCCUUGCCCUGCUGCAUCAGCUGAAACAUCAAGCCAUCCACCUCACCCCUCCUCCUCCACGUCCACCACUAUGUACAACCAUUACUCCAGCUGUUGGGUCUCACACUUACAGAUUCCUUGGGAAAGAUUUCCACUCCGACUGUCGCAUGCACUCACAAGAAGGGACAGAGCUCAUCCAGAGGACAGGAGAAGUAUGGUUAGAAUUGUUGUGGAGGCCAUGCAAGUUCACUGCAGGAACCCUAAACGUGCAUUUUGUGAAGAAGUUGCUAAAAUCAUUGUAAACAGAUACCCUCAAACAUUUGCAGAUUUUACUGAAAAGGGAGAAAGACUGGGUUGUGGACAUUAUUCACUACUGAGAAGCAUCAAAUCUAGAGUUGAACAUGUUAAUCGAGAUAAUACAACACAUAGAGAACCAACAAAGAGAACCAGGAAUGAGGAAGACUACAGUCCCAACAGUAGUGGAACCCCACCCAAAAAAGUUAGAUGCCUUGUUGAUAGCUAUGGUUGUAUAAAUUGGCAGCCAGUUGAACUUCCUGAGGGGGAAACGCCAGCUUCUUUAGAGGAAAAGAAACACAUCCUGUUAACAAUUUUUAAUUCACAAGGACCUGGAGCUGUGGAGAGACCUGAUGUGGAUGACUUCAUGUGCCUCACAUAUAUUUCUCAGCAGCAGCUUAUCAACAGUUGUCCCUCACUUUCAGUAGCUGAAAUUCAGGAGCAGUGGCCAUUCUUGUUUACUCGGAAAGGUCUUUCGAACCACUUUUACAAACUCGCAGGCAUCGAUAUCAGUGAGUGCUUAAGUCAGGCCCUCAUAACCAAAGGCAGAAGGAUUAUUAACUAUUUCUCCAGCCAGAAGCUCAAAUGGAACCUUGGUAUAAGGACACUCAUCCAGCAGAUAGAAAGUGAGGGAGUUUUGACCAACAACAAGGUUGGCACAGCAGCCAUACUUCUCAUGAUGAAGUAUUACAAGGAAGAUGAAGACUCCCUCUUUGUCUUAGCAGAUGAAACAUCUACCAGGAUGUCCCCUGAAGCAGAGAGCAACCUGCCAAUCACUCCAAGGCUGAUUAUGCUUGUUCAAUGACCGCCACCUGCUGGAUGGUGAGUGCAGAGGGGCGUGUAAUUGUUGAGCUGGACAAAGAGAACAUCUUUGCUGAUGCAAUGUCAGUCUUCUUUGGUUCAUUCUAUGUAUUGAACCUGGAAUACCAGGAGUCAGCGUGUGCAACAUUGGAACUAAUUCAGAGAUGAUCCAUGGCCCAUGCUUUCUGGACAUUUACACAAGACGAACAACAAUGAAGACAAGCUCUCUCGCCAUCUUGCAAGACGCUGUCUCUGUCCAA